UCCUCCUCCCGCCGCGGGCUGCGCGCUCAGUGCCGUCCCCUCCCCCGGCCGCUCUGAGUUUUCUUCACUGGCUGAGUACAGAAUAGAAUAUAUGCUGAUUGUGCUACAACUUGAAAAAUGAUACUCAUCCAGCAUUCCUGAAUAACAAGAAUGGGUCCAGAUGUACCCCUGCUGAAUGAUUACAAGCAGGAAUUCUUCUUGAAGCGCUUUCCACAGACUGUGCUGGGAGGUCCCCGCUUUAAAUUAGGCUACUGUGCCCCUCCGUACAUAUACGUGAAUCAGAUUAUUCUUUUCUUGACGCCAUGGGUUUUGGGAGGAGUAGGAACACUUUUGUACCAAUUGGACAUGAUGAAAGACUAUUAUACKGCAGCACUUUCAGGAGGACUCAUGUUUGUUACUGCACUUACUCUCCAACUGACAAAUCURUAUGCAAAACAGAAGACAGUGACGGUAGAAAGAAUGCAAAUUCAGAAUACGCUAACAGAUGAAGAUGAGUUUGAGUUUUCCAGCUGUGUAGGUUCAGAGACUGUCAAAUUUAUUAUUCCUGGCAAGAAGUAUAUAAUCAACACUGUGUUUCAUCCCCUUCUGGCAGGGGUGUUGUGUGGUCUGGGAACUUGGUAUUUGCUGCCCAACAGAUUAACCUUGCUAUAUAGUAACAUUGGAGGAACURUUGUCAUCUUUGUAUUUGGAUGGGUGACAAUAUGUAUAGGAGAGUAUUCAUUAACUAUAAAUACAGCUACCGAAACAGCUACUUUCCAAGCACUGGAUACGUACGAAAUUACUGCUCUCAUGAGACCUUUCUAUAUUUUUGUUUUUAUUGCAGUGGAUCUUGCACACAGGUUCGCUGUCAACACGCCUGUUCUAGAACAGACCAACCAGAUUUUGCACAUUAUGUUUCUUUUUCUGCCACUCUUAUGGGCACUGGGAAUUCUGCCCCCACUUGAUGCACUUUUUCUAUGGGGAAUGGAACAGCUCUUGGAGUUUGGACUAGGAGGGUCACCUCUGUCAAGUAACACAAAGUUAUUAGUAAUGUUUCUCAUUUCUGCUGGAACAGCAAUAGCAUCGUAUUUCAUUCCCAGCACUCUCGGUGUGAUCCUCUUCAUGACUGGAUGUGGGUUCAUACUGAGUCUUAACCUAAGCGAGAUUGCUUUGGCCUUCAAACACACCCUGAGCGGCCACUUAGCCUCCAGCAAGUCUAAAAAUAAGCCCAAAGGUUUUAGAACACAGUUUGGGUGGCGGGAAUUCAUUUUUUAUUUGACCGUGCUGACAUUCGCUCUCCUAGAAGCCAGCCUGCUGCAUCACUUUGCUGGGUUUUCAUCUUUUUCCCAAGGCAGUCCGCAGGCUCUAGCAAGUUACAUUCUGAUGCUAUUACUCGUAAUUAUGUGGAUUCUUAGAGAGAUUCAGAGAGUGUACUUGUGUGGAGUCUUCCGAAACCCCUUUUAUCCAAAGGAUAUCAGAACUGUGACUGUGUUCAUGGAGAAGCAAAGAAGGCUAAUGAAAGUUGGUGUUGUCAGGAGGAUUUUACUAACACUAGUGUGUCCAUUUGCUAUGCUAGCGUUCCUGUCACUUGACCGYUCCCUACAAAAUCUUCAUUCUGUGUCUGUUUGCAUCGGAUUCACAAGAAUCUUUCGAAUGGUCUGGCAGAAUACAGAGAAUGCUCUACUGGACAUAGUGGUUGURUCAAUAACACAAAUAUUGGUGUUUAAUCCAGACACAUGGUGGAACAGGAGCCUUGAUACGGGGAUCAGACUCUUGCUGGUCGCUAUCCUGCGCGAUCGACUGCUCCAGUUUGUCUCCAAGCUGCAGUUUGCCAUCGCCAUUCUUCUGACAUCAUGGACAGAGAAAAAACAGCGCCGGAAAUCUACUGCCACCUUAAUCACCCUCAACGUGGUUUUCUUCCCCAUCCUGGUGACCUUCGUUGCCAUCUCUGCGCUCCUGUCUUCUCCUUUGCUGCCGCUCUUCACGCUGCCCGUGUUUCUCAUCGGCUUCCCCAGGCCCGUCCGGAGCUGGCCGGGACCCGCGGGGGCUGCAGCCUGUGUCUGCGCUGACACCGUCUACUACCAGCAGCUGGUUCCAAGCCUGGCUGUUGCUCUGCAGUCUGCACUAGCAGCUGGUAGCCUGGGUCUCUCCCUACCUGGAUCACACUACCUGUGCCGUUUCCAGGACAGACUCAUGUGGAUAUUGGUGCUGGAAAGGGGCUUCACUUACUGUUGUGUAAAUAUUAAGGGGCUGGAACUGCAGGAAACUUCCUGCCAUGCUGCUGAAGCUCACAGAGUUGAUGAGAUUUUUGAAAUGGCCUUUGAACAUCAGGAGCACACGAAGAUCGUCUCCCUCAAUCACCAUUUCGGAAACAUUUUGACUCCCUGCACUGUUCUACCUGUGAGACUGUAUUCGGAUGCCAGGAGCGUGUUGUCCGGCAUAAUUGACUCUCAYGAAAAUCUAAAGCAUCUGAAAGAUGACUUCAUUAAAGUGCUCGUAUGGAUGCUUGUUCAGUAUUGCUAUAAAAAGUCCAAAAAGUGGGAAAGCCUGGAGAUUGCAGACAAAACCCAAAAAGGAUCAUUUCCAGCAAAUCCGUGCAGCAGUGCAGUGGAAAGAUCGAGGUCUCUGCGGGAUGACGAUAGCUUCAGUGUUGAUACCAUUGAGGACUGGACCGAUGACAGUGACGUUUUUGGUCUUGAACCCGGUGGCAGAGGGAGAGACAGAAAAGAAACCGGACAAUUGGUAAUGACACCAAAAACACAUUUGUCUAUUCCAGGGUCUGUAGAAACCCAGAAUCAGGAUGUCCUACAAGAAAUGUCGCCAGAAGAUAAAUUAUACAGAGCAGUCGGGCUUGGGCUACCUGCCGUAGACAAAGGGAAACGGCGAGAGGUUUUGCCUGUGGUUGAGUUCAGUUGCUCCUACUCGGAGCUGCUGAGCAUCCCAGCAGAAUGGAGAACAGCCCCGGUACCCAUGGCCAAAGUGCAUGAAAUGAGGCAGCGGUUUCCAGAGGAGUGGUACUGCUUCCUUUUGAGUCAGCUGGACUUCUUCCAUCUGCAAGAGAAGCCUUCCAGUUUGCUUGAAGACCUUAUGAAGGACAAAGCCUUGAAAGAUUUGUACAUCCACGGCGUCCUGUCAUGUUGCUUCGGUCUCUUUGGACUGGAUAACACGGUGCCUGCCCCUAGCCACGUGUUCCGAGCCUACACGGGUGGGAUCCCGUGGUCCGUGGGGCUGGACUGGCUAACCAGCAAACCAGAGCUAUUCCAGCUCGCGCUGAAGGCCUUCAGAUACACUUUCAAACUUAUGGUUGACAAAGCAAGUCUGGGGCCAGUAGAGGACUUCAAAGAGCUCAUGAACUGUCUGGAAGAGUAUGAGAACGACUGGUACAUCGGGCUGGUGUCGGACCAUGAGUGGCAGCAAGCAGUUCUCCAGGAAAAGCCAUACCUUUUUUCUUUGGGACAUGAUCCAAACAUGGGCAUUUACACGGGGCGAGUGCUCACGCUUCAGGAGCUGUUAGUGCAAGUGGGAAAACUGAAUGCCGAGGCCGUGCGCGGUCAGUGGGCAAACCUGUCCUGGGAGCUGCUGUACGCCACCAACGACGACGAGGAGCGCUACAGCAUCCAGGCGCACCCCGUGCUGCUCCGCAACCUCACGGUGCAGGCUGCCGAGCCGCCCCUCGGCUACCCCGUUUACUCAUCCGAGCUCCUGCACGUGCCUUUGUUCUAGCCCCUCUCUAGCUCUUUGGUUGUUGGGUUGUUUUCUCUUUUUUUUUUGAGUUUUGAGUUGCAUGUCGGGGAGCAAACGCUCGUGCCACGUUUGUAGACGACAAAUGGGACUCGACUCGCAGGGUGGCGUUGGGUGGCAGUGCCAAACCGGCCUAAGGGAUUUGCACAGAACUGGUGCUAGCCCGAGCCUUGUGCAGGCAGGAAGCUUGGAACUGGGUUUUCUUGGUGCUGGGGCAUUGGAGACACCAUUCCCCAUGUGGCUGACAAACCAAGGGAUGGGGAGCGCUCUCCUCCAGCUCAGAGAAGAGCAGCCUCAUUCUGAUCGCAAACUAUUUUUGGUGCAUUCUGAUUUUUGUGUUAAUAGUUGGACAGGUGACUUGCACUGAUAGUCAGGUUACAGCUCACUGCAGGACUGUCACCCACAAGAGUUGGUAUCCAAACUGUAUAUAUGACUAUUUAUAUGAUUUUUUUUUUAUUCUAGGUAUUUUAUAUUGUAUUGAGCUCAGUUUUAGCAUUUGUUAUAAUAUUUGGCUUUUAAUCUUCCUUGGUUACAGUAAGUUAUCAGUUAUGCUUUAGCAAAGAAACUGUUAAAAGGUUUUUACCAAGUACUUGUUUUGGGGAGGCAAAGAAGUGUUUUUAUGAAACAGUGAAUGUUCUGACACAUUAAUAAGGUGUGUGACCUACGGCUGAAA